AUGUUCAGUAAACAUAGGGGGAAGCUACCCACGACAUCAACACAUCGACACAUGGGAGAUACUGAGAGGACAGGACUACCCGAGUUUCAGAAGCGUCCCCUGGGGGACACCCCCGUGGAUACGCGGGUAGUGUCACCACAGGAAGGUUCGCCGCCCCCCAAACCGCCCCGAUGGGCCCCCAACCGGCCGCACUCGACACUCAGCGUCCCCGGAUGGACUGCCUCGCGGGACUCCCCCGACGGGUUGAUCUCGAGGGGCGACUCCGGAUCGAAGUUGCUCGUUGUGAUGGUGGGACUCCCCGCGAUGGGCAAGUCCUUUAUCACCGGGAAGCUUGCGCGGUUCUUGAACUACUCCAUGUACGCGUGUGAGGAGUUCCAUAUCGCUGACACGCGGCGUCGCUGGUGGCACUCGCAUGCGACGGGCUCCAUUGCGCCCUGUUUCUUUGACGAGCGGGACCCAAGGGCACAGUCCCUACGGGACGAGUGGGCAUUGGACACAUUGGACAGGGCACUGGAGUACUUGCUCGAAGGGGAUGGGUCUGUCGCGGUUGUGAACGGUACCAAUAUUACUGCGCGGCGGCGUGCGUUGUUGAUGGCUAGGGUGAGGUCGCGGUCCCGUGUAUUGGAUGUGAUGUUUUUGGAGUCCAUUUGCUCUGAUGAGGCUGUCAUUGAGAGGAAUGUACAAUUGAAGGCGUCGAGUGCCGAUUACCGUGGUUGGAAAGAUAGUAAACUUGCCGUGGAAGAUUUCCGUGCUCGUCUAGCACACUACCGUAGAGAUUACGAACCCUUGGAGGACAAUGAGAGGUUACAGUACGUGAAGAUGAUUGAUGUUGGGAAGAAAGUGAUCGCCAAUGGAGUACGUGGGUACUUGGCGUCUCUAGCCGUUUACUACCUGCUGAACUUCAAUUUGGCGACACGACAAGUGUGGGUGACACGGAACGGUGAGUCUGAGGAUAACGUUGCAGGGCGAGUCGGUGGUGAUUCACACUUGACCGUGAGGGGCCAACGGUACGCUCGAGCACUACACAAGUUCAUUGACACACAGCGAUCGAUUCAAGAACAAGAACAGAGAGAUAACCGUGAAUUCUUCGUAUGGACCAGCAUGUUACAACGAGCAAUUGAGACCAGCCACGAUUUCGAAAACAGCGAGUACCCACUCAAGCAGAUGCGAAUGCUCGAUGAGAUCAAUGCGGGGGAUUUCGAUGGCCUGACAAACGCCCAGAUUGAACAGAUUGCCCCACGGGAGUAUAAACUCCGCCAGUGUGACAAAUUACGAUACAGGUACCCGGGCACCGGUGGAGAAUCCUACUUGGACGUGAUCAACCGCGUACGGCCCGUGAUCACAGAGAUCGAGAGAUUGGAGGACAGUGUGCUUCUAAUCACACACCGGGUAGUCGCACGUGUACUCCUCGGUUACUUCAUGAGCCUGAAAUUCGAUGCAGUGACACAACUCGAUGUACCGCUGCACUGCGUCUACAAACUGGAUUUACUGCCCUACGGCAUCAAGUGGACACUGUACGAGUACGACGAGGUGAAGGACACCUUCCGUGAGCUACCCACUUGCCAAAUGAAUGUAUCCAGAAUGGAACAAAUGGGCGGUAGCACACGCCGGUUCUCAAUGGUCCCCACUGCACCAAGCACACCGACGACUGCCAGUACAGCGAGUACCCACUAA